AUGUACAUUUUCAUUACGCUAACCUAUGUUAUAUCAUCAUUACAUCUCCUACUCGCCUUAACAAGUAUUAUUGUUGGCAUUAUUUCACAAAGUCGAUCAGUUGUCUGGAUGGCACAUAGCAUAUCACCCAUAUGGAGUGGAAUUUUCUUUGCUUUUUGUGGCGGAACUGGAAUAGCAUGUGCACGUCAAAAAGGUCUUUAUUUGAUACUUUGCUAUGUCGCAUUAAGUAUUGUUACACUUAUUGUCGAUUGCGUUAAUAUUCAACUUUUACGCCUGGGAGUUGUUAAUAUAAUGACUGAUGGACAAGCUUAUUUAAAAGAUCGAAAAGAUGUACUUGUGCUUAUUGCAUUAACUGUAUCGUCAAUUGAAUGCAUAAUUUGUUUAUUAAGUUUAACUCUAGGUAUAAGAUUAUCGUACGAUGCAGCUAAUAGAAAAUUUCGUAAAAGAGAAGGAGCAUUUUUUGUACAAGUACUUUCUGAAAAAGAAAUUGUUGUUGUAUCAAAAACUCCGUCGUCGAAGCAAUCAGGAUCUCGUCAUGGGUCUCUGCAAUCAUUUGAUCGAGCGUCAUCUUAA